CCCCGGCCUCCUCCUGCCCCAGGGGACCAGCCCUAGCCCAGUGGCCCUCCGCCUACUUUCCUGUCUAAGAUGGCGUCCCCCAUGGCAGCUCAGGCCGGGAAACUUCUGCGGGCGGCGUGGGCGCUCCGACCGUGUCUCUCCUUGGGCCAGUCCCAGGGUAUUCAGUUGACCUCCAGAAGAUGGCUGAACCUACAGGAAUACCAGAGUAAAAAGUUGAUGUCUGAUAAUGGUGUGAAAGUGCAGAGAUUCUUCGUGGCUGACACAGCCAAUGAUGCUCUUGAGGCUGCUAAGAGACUGAAUGCAAGAGAAAUUGUUUUAAAGGCUCAGAUAUUAGCUGGAGGGAGAGGAAAAGGCACUUUCAAUAGUGGAUUGAAAGGAGGAGUUCAUUUAACCAAAGAUCCUAAAGUUGUGGGACAGCUGGCUGAACAGAUGAUUGGCUAUAAUUUGGCAACAAAGCAAACGCCAAAGGAUGGUGUGAAAGUCAACAAGGUGAUGGUUGCUGAAGCCCUGGAUAUUUCCAGAGAAACCUACUUAGCAAUUUUGAUGGAUAGAUCCUGUAACGGUCCAGUGCUGGUUGGCAGCCCCCAGGGAGGGGUUGACAUUGAAGAGGUGGCAGCCACUACUCCGGAACUAAUUUUUAAGGAGGAAAUUGAUAUAUUCGAAGGACUAAAGGAUAGCCAGGCUCAGCGGAUGGCAGAGAAUUUAGGCUUCCAAGGUGCCCUGAAAACUCAGGCUGCAGAUCAAAUUAAGAAGCUGUAUAAUCUCUUCCUGAAAAUUGAUGCUACUCAGGUUGAAGUGAAUCCCUUUGGUGAAACUCCAGAAGGACAAGUUAUAUGUUUUGAUGCCAAGAUAAACUUUGAUGACAAUGCAGAAUUUAGACAAAAAGAUAUAUUUGCCAUGGAUGACAAAUCAGAAAAUGAACCCAUUGAAAAUGAAGCUGCCAAAUAUGACCUGAAGUACAUUGGCCUGGAUGGAAACAUUGCCUGCUUUGUCAAUGGUGCUGGACUUGCCAUGGCAACCUGUGACAUCAUCUCUCUUAAUGGUGGGAAGCCAGCCAACUUCCUUGAUCUUGGAGGUGGAGUAAAGGAGACCCAAGUUUAUCAAGCAUUUAAACUGCUCACUGCUGAUCCUAAGGUUAAAGCUAUCCUGGUUAAUAUUUUUGGUGGAAUUGUAAACUGUGCUAUCAUCGCCAAUGGCAUUACUCGGGCCUGCAGAGAGCUUGAACUAAAGGUACCCCUAGUGGUGAGGCUUGAAGGGACCAAUGUUCAAGAAGCUCAGAAUAUCUUAAAUAACAGUGGCCUUCCCAUUACUUCUGCCAGUAACUUGGAAGAUGCCGCCAAGAAGGCUGUGGCCUGUGUUGCAACAAAGUGAUGCCUUUCUCCUGAUCCCUUGAAGAAAAGAAAUGGCAGUCACAAAAAAAGUGACCCACUUCAUUGAGCUGGAGAAAAUGGUUUGGAGUAUUAUUGAAUGUGCAUCAUCAGGAAAAAGGGCAGGAAGGAAAUAAUCAAUGUUUAUAAAUCUUUAAUACUUUUUUUUGGAAAGAAAAUUCUGGCAGCUUAAAUACUUUUCAUUUUACAUAGAAUUUUCCUUUGAAAUAAUGAGCUACAUUCUCUUUCUCCUUCAUCUCCCAAGAAGUGAGCAGUAUCUCACUGACUAGUGGGGAGCCAUCCAUAUGGAGAAAGAUGGGAGAUGUGAAGAAUUUGGAUUUGGUCCAAACUCAUUUCAGAGAUAAUUAGUCCAGUAAAAUAAAUAAAACUCACUGACUUUAGAAUCUUUCCUCAUCACAUUCCAAUAUGGUCCUACUUAGGGUAGAAAUCUCAGUCAUGCUUAUUAACAAAAGGGCAUGACUAAGAUUUACAAAUUCACCUCCCUUCCAUUUUAGAGGGAUUAAAAAAAACAAGAUUGGUCAUUUCCAUAUGUCAUAUACUCAAAGAUAUUUUCAUUCUUGAUUUUUCCCACAGGAAAAAAAAUCACACUGAAAUUACACAUGUAGUGAGUGUAUUAAUUUGCCUUAACAAGAAUUGCGCUAUAUACCUCAUACUAUCAAGAAAACCUAAAGCCUUAAAGGUCACCCAGUUUUUAUAUGAAAAAUGAUGAUGUCUGAUUCUGGUGAAAAAUCUUUUUCUUAAUUGCUUUCUAAGAGUGACUGGGCAAUAGAUGAUGUCAGUUUGUAUGUGUAAUUUACAAAUACUAUCAAAUUCCAAUGAAAUAAAGAAGAGAUGCAAAGGGUGUGCCUUUUCUCAUAGUUCUGUCCAUUUAUGUGGGAGAGGGAUUUGAAUUGUUGAAUAGUUGAAAUUUUGGUAAAAAUGUUUUAUGUAUUUCCAAAUAUAAAUAAAAGCCUUUGUUCUGAGAAUAUUA